AUGGGGGCCCAACCAACACGCCACAGUAGCCUAGAUGAGAUCGAAGACCUGUCACAACUUCAGCCUAAUGCAAAUGGAAAUAGCCAAGGCGAGGAUCCUCAGCCUCCCGAGACGGAGAGCUAUGAGCUCAUGCGGGACCUCAGCAAGUACAUCCUGCUGCUGGCAACGCUGGUGGCCACGGUGACAUACGCCGCGGGGUUCAACCCGCCGGGGGGCGUCUGGCAGGAGACCGUCGCCGCCUCGGACCAACUCGCCGGCGACUCCAUUAUCCGGACCACCAGCUACGGCCGGUACCUGGUCUUCUUCUACUGCAACGCCACCGCGUUUGCCUCGUCGCUCGUGAUCAUCGUCCUCGUCCUCUUCCUCACGCUCCUAAAGAAGCAGCUGCUCCAACUCAAGCCGCUGCAGGCAGUCAUGGUGGUGGACCUGCUGAGCGUCAUGGGGGCCUACGCCGCCGGGACCUGCCGGGACAAGACCACCACCAUCUACUCCUCGGUGCUGGUGGUUGUCGUCAUCGCCUACCUCACUUACCAGAUGGUGAUGGCCUGGCGGUUGCCAGAUAAUGAGAACAGGAACAACGACGCACGGGCAGCAGUGGACAAGAAACGGCUCCGAAAGGUCCUGAUGCUGCUCGCGACGUUCGCGGUGAGCGUGACGUACGUCGCCGGGAUGAGCACGCCGGGCGGCUUCUGGGACAACACCGAGAACGGUCACCGGCCAGGCGACGCCAUCCUCAAGGACAGCCACGACAAGCGCCUGACGGUGUUCUUGUGCUUCAACACCAUGGCAUUCGUCGCAUCGCUGCUCAUCAUCGUGGUGCUUCUGGACAGGAAGCCCCGGGAGAAUGAGGCCUACGGGUGCAUCGCCGUUGCGCUGAUCAGCCUCGUCGGGGCAUACACCGCCGGCAGCUGCAGGGAGACCGACACCACCAUCUAUGUCUCCAGCCUGGUUGGUGCCGUCCUGAUAUUCAUGGCAUUGCUCCAGGGUGUUGUUUAUUUGAAAGGAGAUGUGGCUGCUGCUGCUGGAGGUGCCGAACAAGACAGAAGAACAUCCUGCUUCAGGACCACGCUGACAAAUGUCCAGGCUAAGAUUGCAGGAUGGUUGCAAAGUCCGGCGGAGACUGGUCAGGGCAGGGACGCAGCGCAGCAGGCUCGCUCCCUUGUUCUAUUGCUAGCCACUCUUGCUGCAACCAUCACCUACCAAGCCGGCCUGGACCCUCCCGGCGGCGUCUGGCCGGAUAACAAGAACGGCCACAUGGCCGGUGACCCGAUCCUCCUCACUGUGAAUGCUGGGCGGUACAAGGCCUUCUACUACUGCAACUCCGUCGCCUUUGUAGCCUCCUUGGUGGCCAUCAUCCUGGUCCAAAGCAAGGUUAUGCUCGAGACCCACGUGCUCGAGGCAGCCAUGGUACUGGACUUGUUUGGCCUCAUCGGAGCAUAUGCCGCAGGAAGUUCUCGGGACUUGAGCACCUCCAUUUACGCCAUGGCCUUGGCGGGCGCUGUCCUAGUCUAUGUAGUGAUCCAUGUUGUCUUCUUCACACUGAACCACGGCGACCCCACCCCAGAGGAAAUUAAGUCUGUGGACAAGAGGCGCAAGCGGUUGCUCCUUUUUGCAGUAUUGGCAGCGACCAUCACUUACCAGGCUGGGCUGACACCUCCGGGCGGCGUCCGGCUCCAGGAUGAUGGGUCUAGCGGGCACCAGGCAGGGGACCCGGUCCUCUUCUACAACUUUCCCCGCCGCUACACAGCCUUUUUCUACUGCAAUUCGGUGAGCUUCAUGCUGUCCAUUGCCCUCAUCAUAUUGCUCGUGAACCCCCAUUUAUACAGGCCAGCCAUACGAAGCUAUGCACUUGCUGUUUGCACGGGGGCAGGCAUGUUUGGUCUGAUGGGGGCAUAUGCUGCCGGAAGCACCCAGCAUCUGAAAACAUCCAUCUACAUCUUUGUCUUGGGGGCUGUGGUCCUCUUCGUCAUAGCUGUACUGCUACUAGUGUUCUUGGAUAACAGAAAUGCAAACGUGACCAGUCAACCGAGGCCAGAGAAUGAUGAUGACGAAGAACGAAAGACAAAACAAGCCAAGCGCAAAUACCUGAUGCUGCUAGGAAUCCUUGUGGCGAGUGUCACCUACCAGGCCGGCCUAGAUCCGCCUGGCGGAGCUUGGCAGCACAGUGGGAGUGGGUACGAUGCAGGCAACCCGAUCAUGCAUGACAACCAGAGGCACCGUUACCUCGCCUUCUUCUACAGCAACUCCACGUCCUUCGUCGCAUCCAUUGUUGUUAUCAUCAUUUUGCUACUGGAGUGGAAGGACGGGAAGAGAUGGUCGCUCAAGGUCAUGAACACGACCAUUGUGCUGGAUUUGCUCGCUCUCCUAGUGGCCUACGCAGCAGGCUCCAGCAGGGGGUGGAAGACGUCUGUGUAUGUCGUCGCACUAGUUAUCGCCGUGCUGGCAUAUGUUGCAGUCCAUAUAGUUAUAGUCGUGGUUGGUAGGAGGACGAGGGCGAGGCCCUCGCUUGCCUAUGGUUGGAGAAGGGGGUGA